AUGGCUCGUACUAAACAAACUGCUAGAAAAUCGACUGGAGGGAAAGCUCCUCGUAAACAAUUAGCGACGAAAGCCGCCCGUAAAAGCGCCCCAGCUACUGGUGGAGUAAAAAAACCUCAUCGUUAUAGGCCAGGUACUGUAGCUCUUCGUGAGAUAAGACGUUAUCAAAAGAGUACCGAAUUACUUAUUAGAAAAUUGCCGUUUCAACGAUUGGUUCGUGAAAUAGCACAAGAUUUUAAAACAGAUUUACGUUUUCAAAGUUCAGCGGUUAUGGCUCUCCAGGAAGCUAGUGAGGCUUAUUUGGUAGGUCUAUUCGAAGAUACUAAUCUGUGUGCCAUUCAUGCUAAAAGAGUCACCAUUAUGCCCAAGGAUAUCCAAUUGGCUAGAAGAAUUCGCGGAGAACGAGCAUAAAUACAAAUGUUUUUUUUUAUAUAAAAUUACAUUUUAUCCAUUUGAUUAUAAUAGAUUUUUUGUUUUAUAUAUAUAUAUAUAUAUAUAUAUAUAUAUAUAUAUAUAUAUUGUAAGU